UGCGCCCGGAGGAGUCGGUUCUGUUACCUAGGGCGGUUGUCGCUCUCCUGAGGAAGAAGAGCUUUUCUCGCCGGUCUUCCUCGCUGGUUCCUUGGCCUCGAGAGGCCGGCAGCCUCGGCGGACUGCAGGACCCGCGCUUGGGAGGAGAGGAGCCGGGGCCCUCCUCGAGGGAGGACGAGAGUGGAUCGGGAUAUCUUUGGUGGUCAGGGUCUGGGGCCUGAGAGCUGUCAGAGUCCUGGCAGCCCUUUUCCAGGCGGGUCCCUCAGCCUCCUUUCCAUAGGUCGCCAGGCUGGGGGGAAGCGGGAGGGUCCGCCCCCCACCGAUCCAUUCAUUCAUUCCAUGCCUGGCGCCGAGGUAGGUGGGAUGCUAAGGAGGAGGCCCAAGUCCCCUACCCUCUGGAAACUUGCAGUCUUGUAGGAUCCAUUCUGCCAUUCAGCACAUGUCGAUUGAGCACCUGUAGGAGAUGGAACUGUUUAAGACUCAUGUCAACAGAAAUGUAGAGACUCCACACUGUUGUGGAGGGUGGAAUUUGCUCUUAACUUCUCACCACAUCCAACAGAAUAAAAUUCAUUUGGCUUAGCCUGACGAUCCAGGCUUUUGGGAACUAGUUUUUGCCUCUCCCGCAGCCUUCUGUCCUACCACUUUCUCUUCACUCCGAUUAUAUCAAAAACUUUGCAUUUCAUGAAUUCAACAAGUAGUUGUCCAAUACUUAUUACAAGUCAGGCACUGGCUAAGCUGAAGAGAAUACAAAGUGAAGUAGAUGGGCCCGUGUCCUCCUAAAACGUUGAACUUAGUAGGGGCGGAUAAUAAGUUGAUGAAUAAAAUUUAUUCCAGCAGAGUUCCAGCAGAUACUCUGGAACCAUACUGCCUAGGUUUGAUCCCAACCCUGCUACUGGAAAAGCUGUAAGGACUUGAAUUGGUUUCUCAUUCUGCUUGUGCCUGUUUUCUUGCUAUAAAGAGAAAGUGGCAAUAGAUGCUACCAUAAAGGAUUAUUGUACAGAUGAAACGAGUUAAAGAUUUGAAAAGCAGUUGUAACAGUGCUUGGCACACAGUAGGCAUUGAAUAAAUAAUAUCUUCUACAUAUGAUUAUAACCUAUGACAAGUGAUAUUGUGAAAACAGUGGGUGGUGAUAGAGAUUAAUGGUGGUGAGGGUCCACUUAAAGGAUUGGGGAAGCUUCACUAAGGAAGUGAUGUGGAAGACAAGAAUGAGCCAGCCAUACAAAAUAGAUUCUAGGUAGGGUUAUCUGCCUAGCUUUCUAAAACAGAAUGAUUAAUCAGAUUUUUUGGACAGCAUGACUUGUAUCAUUGUGUUUGAAAUGAAGAACUUUCGGCUGUUAGGUCAUUCAUGUGCCAAAGUAAAUCAUUCCCAGGUAGCAUUCUAGUCAUCUGAGUUUGGAGAGCUCUUGUUGGGCUGAUAUGUCUCUCAUAAUGCAGUGUUUGCUGAUAAAGCCUUUAAUAGAUGGGGGUCUUGGGCCAGUCAGGUGAUAGUUUUUCUAGAUUUGGGACUCCUCCUGUUUCUGUGGUGACUGCCAUCCACUGGGUCCCCUUCCCUCCCCCCCCCAAGUUUCAGUAAAAAUAUUCUCCCAAGGUAUACAUACUUUUCUGGAAGAACACAUGCUUUAAGAGAUUCCUAGAUCACUCUCCUCUGUUAUGUAGUGAUGUCCUAUAGGAAGAUUAGACCAUGUUAACCAGGCUGUUCUGAGUAUUUGAGAGGAGUAUAGUUAUUCUGAAGACUUAUACCUUACCCCACAUACCCUUGUACCUUCUGGAAGAAAUGGCAUAAAAUAACAAUGUCUGUCUAAUUACACUUAGAUGCUUUUGGUUUUCCACAGAUAUCAAAUUAAGUGAACCAAAUGUGCUUUAUCACCCUGGAGAUAUUGGAGAAUCAUCUGACACCAAGUUCAUAGAUAAUUCUAUUUGAGAGGCAUCUACUGGGCAACAAAACCUUCUCUUGGCUUUGAACUUUAACAGAGGAAAGCUUUAAACAUAUUAUUUAACUACAGGCCUAACUUGAACAAAGACAUUUAAAUUGCUGUGGAGAGGAAAACAAUACUUCUUGUUCAAUUGUGCAAACUCCAAGUAUCUAAGUGAGAAGAAGAGAGGAACCAUACAAGGCUGUGAGUGUGAAUGAGACUUGACUAGACUCAUACUUGGGUUCAUGUUUGCCUCUGUGUUCAUGCCCCAAGACUGACUCUCACUCCUCCGAAGACCAGCCUGAAAGCCUUAAAUGUUGUCACAUGAUGGAUGAGUCAGAUGAGGAUUUUAAAGAACUCUGCUCCAGCUUUUUCCAAAGGGUGAAAAAAAAUGCAACCAAGGAAGUGCCAAGAGAAAAGAAGGCACAAAAAGCCUCAAACAAUAUGCAGAUAAGAAGCAAAUUGAAAACAAAACAAGUUGAUACCAAGGGCAAAACCCUUCAAGACCCUUCAGAGAAGAAACCUCAAUCUGGCGGCCAGGCCCCUAGGACAAAAAAGCAAGGGACAAUCAAGUCGCAAGCAAGUGAAAUGGCUUUCACUGUAAACGGUGAAGGAGGUAUGCUUGCUCCUGCUCCAAACCAGCCUGAGCUCUGGGAAAGAGUACAGACCACCCAGACAGAGACUACUCCCAACAGUGACUCCCAGCCACCUCCUUCCUGUUUGGCGACAGUCGUGCCAAGUCCCUCCAAACCCCGCACAGCAGAGUUGGUCCUACAGCGAAUGCAGCAAUUCAAGAGAGCAGAUCCCAAGCGUUUGAAACAUGCUUCAGAAGAAUGCUCCCAUGAAGUGGCAUUGGAAGAACAUGCCCCAGAGGGCCCUCUAAAGGAGACAGUGUUGGGGAAUGGAUAUGGGUCUGGGCUCCCUGCCACAGAGAGCGAUGCUGCGGUGGCCUUGGCCCUACAGCAAGAGUUUGCACAGGGAGGAGCAUCUGCACACAAUGAUAGCCUGGAGGAAAAGGGGUUGUUCUUCUGCCAAAUCUGCCAGAAGGACCUCUCAGCCAUGAACGUGGCCCGGAGGGAGCAGCAUGUGAACAGGUGCUUGGAUGAGGCUGAAAAGGCACUAAGACCUUCCAUGCCUCAGAUCCCUGAAUGCCCGAUUUGUGGCAAACCAUUUCUCACCUUAAAGAGCAGAAUCAGUCACUUGAAACAAUGCGCAGUGAAGAUGGAAGUUGGCCCCCAACUCUUGCUGCAGGCCGUCCGGCUGCAGACAGCUCAGCCUGAGGGGGCUGGCAGCCCACCAGCAUCUAGCUUUAGCAAUCACGUGGGAGGUUUGAAACGGAAAGUAGCCAACAACAAGAAGGAGACACGGAAGAAGCGGAAGGUUGUUGAGGCACCCUCCGAGGACCUGCUGGUGGCCAUGGCUCUGUCCCGAUCUGAGAUGGAGCAGUGUCCAUCUGUGCCAGCACUCAAACUGGAAAGUGCUUUUUCUGAGAAAAUAAGGCCAGGAGCAGAGAAGAAAAGUCACAAGAAGAAAACCCUGGUUCCCCUUCCCAGGUUGUUGGUCCAGGACUCUGAGACCACAGGCAGGCAGAUAGAAGACCGAGUGGCCCUGCUCCUUUCUGAGGAAGCAGAAUUAUUCAGCACACCACCACUUCCUGCCAGCAGGAUUUUAAAGGAAGAAUUGGAAAAGGGAGGCUGGUGUCUGCCACCACCUGAAGGAAAGCGGAACUUUCUGUGGGAGGGCAGCACCCUGACCGGAGCCUGGGCUGUGGAGUCCUUCUACACGGCCAGCCUUGUCCCUCCCCUCAUGCCCCAGAGGCCUGUCAUGGGACUCCCUCUGCCAGCUGAGCAGUCAGAGCUGGGUAUGGGAAGACCACCUGCCCUACACAGCAAUGCCCCUGUGGGCUGCAGCCCUGAGUACCCAUCACCAUCAGCCAGCCAGAGGGAACACCAGGCCCUGCAGGACCUGGUGGACCUGGCAAGGGAGGGGCUGAGUGCUAGCCCGUGGCCUGGCAGUGGGGGCCUAGCCAACUCUGGAGGCACUGCAGGGUUGGAGUUGGUGCCCAGUGGCCUUCCACUGACUGGGUUUGUCCUGCCACCCAAGGAAAAGCAUCUGGAGAGGGGCAGCUAUGCUUCGCUCUCCCUCGGGUUAUUGGUUGCUGACUUUGGUGCCAUGGUCAAUAACUCACACCUGAGCGAUGUCCAGUUCCAGACAGACAGUGGGGAGACACUUCAUGCCCACAAGUUUGUGCUUUAUGCCCGAUGUCCACUUCUCAGUCAGUAUGUGAACAAUGAAGGCUUCUCUGCUGUAGAAGAGGGGAUUCUGACCCAGCGUGUCCUAUUAAACGACGUGAGCACCGAGGGUGCCUAUGCAUUCCUGCACUAUCUCUACACUGCAGACACUGGCCUUCCUCCCCACCUGACCCCUGAGCUGAGGUCCCUGGCCCUCAGGUUUGGCAUGAGUGAGCUUGCUCACCUAUGUGAACAAGUGCCCACCAUGACAGAUUCAGAGGGCGAACAAUGGGAGAAGGAGGAUGAGAAUUGUGAAAGCAGAGCAGAGAAUUUCCAAGAACUCUUGAGGUCAGUGUGGGUAGAUGAAGAUGAGGAAGCAGAGAUGUUGAAAUCUAACAGCCACAAAGAAGACAGAGAAAAGGUAAAUGAAGCAGAAAUGGAGGAAAUUUAUGAAUUUGCAGCUACUCAGCGAAAGCUGCUCCAGGGGUCAAGAACACCAGAUGAUAAUGAGGACACUGACCACCACAAGGAAGACAGACCAAUUUCUGGGCAUGUCCUAGCAAGUGUCCAGGUUAAUGAACAGUUGGAAAAGGCAGAGAACAUGGAAUCUUCUGAGCCAGGAAGAGAUGAGGACCCAACCAAUGGGGGGGAUAAGCGAGAGUGCGUUCUCUGGCCACUCCAGAGCCACCCCUCAGACAGGGAGGGGGGUGCAGAGACCCAUGAGCAAGAGGCGCCCAUGAAGGCCCAGGGUUGUUCCAGGUCCUGCAGUCUUUCUGUGAGCUACCCACUUCCACACUUGGAGGAUACCCGUGAACACAAGCAGCUUUUUUCAUCUACUCUAGGAGAAUUCUCUGAGCUGUCCCAGAUAACGUGUGAUUCCAAGGAACAGAGUGGCUCUGUCAGGGAGAGGAGUAUGGAGAUUCUUCAUGACCCUGCUGCCCAGCAGGUGCCCCUGGCACACACGAGGGGCUUCCUGUCUCAGCUACCCCACGGUGGGAGUCCCAGCCAGUCCCCUCUUCACCCUCAUCACCCAAGUGGGUUGUCCCCAUCAAUACCGCAGUUGCAUGGUGGUCUCUCCCAGCUGGCCACCCCAAACUCACUGUCUCCAGCUGGGCUAUCAAAGCUGAAAAGGAACAGUAAUGUGCUUACAUUAUUUAAAGAGCCAGGCCACCAGAAAGGCAAAGAAUGUAGUUCCGUAUUGGAACCCCAAAGUAAGGGGGUCCUGAUUUCCCCAGAAAAGUCUCUGUCCAUUGACCUAACCCAAAUAAAACCUGAUCAUCUGAGUCCCAGAUCUCAGAAUUCUCUAUCCAGUGUGAACAAAGAAGAUGAGAUUAUCCUUUUGUUGGAUUCAGAUGAAGAGCUGGAGCUAGAACAAACCAAAAUGAAGUCAGUUUCUAGAGAUCUUCCAGAAGAAAGGAAAGUUCUAGACAUUAGUCUCAAGUCCUCUGAGUUGUUUUCUGUCAUUGAUGUCGAUACAGAUCAGGAGCAUUCCCACAGCCCACCAAGAGGAGAAGCUGAGCUACAGCAGGAAAGGAGGGAGGGGCAUUUGGAGAAGAGGGGCUCUGUGGGCAGCAGAGGGACUCCCUGGCUAUUCUGUAACCGUGAGAGCAGCCCUGACGAGGAUAGCACUAUGGACACCUCCUGGCUGGUACCUGCCACCCCUCUGGCCAGCAGAAGCUGCAACUCUUCAUCCCAGACCCAGAUCACCAGCCUCAGGACCAGGAUAGCAGUGGAUGAAAUGACUCGGCACAUGGCUGCGGCCUCAUCAGAAAAUAGGGAAGUGAAGGAAGCUACACAGGAACUGUCAGUGAUCAUGCCCCAGGCACUGUCAUCAUGCCGUGUCCCCAGCACUCUAGGAACUUCUCAGAGCAGAAGGCAGGUCCACAGAAGCUUCCCUUUUCCCCACCUCAGGCACCAGAAGGUCUCUCCUCUGAUCCCUUGGUCCAUCUCAGAAGAUCAUGUCCAUCUCACCAGGCCGUUCCCUCAGGGGAUCUCAUACUCACAGCCCGGGCUGAGGCUUCCAAAGCAGGCCACUGCUAGUGAAGUGGUGGAGGUUGAGGACAGUGAAGAUGAGCAGGAGGUGGCCUUAUGCCAGCCAUAUAGCAGCCCCCCACUGGACAGUGACCCCAGGGUUCCUGCUGAUGACUGCUGCUGGCCAGUGGAGCCCCUUUCACCGAUUCCAAUCGACCAUGUAAACCUUGAGCGGACUGGCCCCCUGAGCACGAGUAGUCCCAGCAAUAGGGUGAGGGAUGCCUUUGAUAGCAGUGACAGCCACUCACCUGGGCUCCUGGGCACCACUCCCAUCCGAGGAAGCUGUGCUACACAAAGAAAAUCUCCAGAAAAAUCCUCCCAGGCCAGCUCCCCAGGCAGUAGCAGGCUGAGCUUUUUGAAUUCAGCUCUGUGGGCUGACUGGGAUGGAGAAGAGCAGAAGUCUCCAGAAGCUCUUCCUCUGACCAAGACACCAAGUGUUGAUCCAGCUCAGAAGUCCAAAGAGUCAAGUACACCCAGAGGUGCUAAUCAAAAGAAGAACUUGCCCCCCAAAGUGCCCAUAACUCCAAUGCCACAGUAUUCCAUUAUGGAGACCCCAGUGCUGAAGAAAGAACUGGAUAGGUUUGGAGUCCGCCCUCUGCCCAAACGCCAGAUGGUUCUGAAACUGAAGGAGAUAUUCCAGUAUACUCACCAGACCUUAGAGUCCAAUUCUGAGGAUGAGAUCCAGUCCUCACAAGUGCCACUGGAGGUGCCUCCCAGCCGGACACACACCUCUGCGACCCACAAGCCUUCAAGGGAGGCCAAUCUGGGACCCGUACCCCAAAGGUCCAAGCAACCUGCUAAGACCAAGGGUCCCCGAUGUAGAAAGCAGCAGCCCUGUGGAUUGCUGAACAGGUCACCAGCCAAGGAGUCUCUGCCACACCCUAGUGGUGACACCCCGCUCCCAGCCUCCCAGGAAUCUGUGACCACCUCUGUGGAUGGCAGUGACAGCUCCUUUAGCUCACAAAGUUCUUCCUCCUGUGAGUUUGGUGCAGCCUUUGAGUCUGCAAGUGAAAAUGAGGAGCACGAGGAGGGGCUUAGUGCAUCACAGGCCGCCAUCCAGGCAGCAGACACAGAGGAGGCAGUGAGACGCUUCAUUCGCUCCCGGCCUGCCUUGUACCGGAAGGUGCUACUGUACCAGCCCUUUGAGCUAGGGGAGCUGCAGGCUGAGCUGAAGCAGAAUGGCAUCUGCAUGGCCACAGGCAAGCUGCUGGACUUCCUGGAUGCCCACUGCAUCACCUUUACCACUGCUGCAGCCCGCAAGGAGAAGCUCCAGGGGAAGAGGAGGCAUCCUGUGGGCAAGAAGAAAGGGGAGCAGAAUUGACAGGGCCCUCCCCUAUCCCACCCCUGCGGCCAGUAGCCUCCACUGGCCAUCUGUGGGGAGUACCGGGGAUACCAGUGCCAGUUAGGCCUCCACAGGUACUUCUGGGCCUCAGGAUCCUGUCAGCUCUGCACCUGUCAAAAUAACAGCACUGACCCAAGUCUCCUUCCUCUGGACGCCACUCUCUGGAGUGGUAUUUGGAGAGUAUCAACCACUGGAUUUUGGGUCCCCAACCCCUCCCCUUUCUCAGUGCCCACAGCGUGUCUCUCUUUAACUCAGUAAGGCCAUAGUGUUUUAGGGGGUAGUGGGCUUCUACCAGGCCAGGACAAGACCUCAUUGUGCCACAUCUGCCACUCUGUCCACUAGUCCUCUGCCCCAUGAGUCUGUUCCUGAAAUGGACGUCAGGCCCCUCCUGCCUAGCGGUGUGGGCUUGUCUUCCCUCUCAGCUCUCGGGUCAGUACCAGCAACUACCAGCAGACCAGGAGUCCACAGGCUCCAUGCAUUACCACAUCCCAGGGGCAGUUGUCCUGCUGAUAUUUGUCAUUGUCACCAGCAGUCUGUAAAUUGGGUUGUGCACAAGGGCCGAGCACAACUCUGGAGCUCCCCAAACAAGCAUGUUUUGUUAGUGGGUUCUGCUCAUGCUUGUUAGUGCUGCCUCCAGUCUCAGGAGCCAUGUAGGCUGAAGGUGAGGGCCAGAAAGAAGGAAAAUUGAGUCUCCACAUCCUGUGUCUGUCCUUGUCUGUCUGAAGUGUGGUGCAGCCAGUUUUAUAUGAUAUGCAAUAAAAACAAA